CCUGUCUGCUGCCAGCGGCUGCCAGGCGACGGUGUGGUGCUGCAGGCCAAGACGUGAGCAGUUUCUCUGCUCUGACAUUUUUUGUGUAUCCCUGUACAGUACACCAUACAUUUAAAUGCCUUCGAAAGGCGAAGAUAUACUCAAUGGAUUCAAACUAAAUUGGAUGAAUCUGAGGGAUGCCGAUACUGGAAAGAUACUUUGGCAAGGCACUGAAGACCUGUCUAAGCCAGAAGUGGAACAUGAAGCCCGGGUUCCCAAAAAGAUCCUAAAAUGUCGAGCCGUUUCGCGAGAAAUAAACUUCUCCUCCGUCGAACCCAUGGAGAAGUUCAGGCUCGAACAGAAAAUUUUAUUCAAGGGUCGUUGUCUCGAAGAAUGGUUCUUUGAGUUUGGCUUUGUUAUUCCGAAUUCCACCAAUACGUGGCAGUCAUUAAUAGAAGCGGCACCAGAAUCCCAGAUGAUGCCUGCAAAUGUAUUGAAUGGAAACGUUGUAAUAGAGACCAAAUUCUUUGACGACGGUCUCCUAGUCAGCACAUCUAAAGUACGGCUCUACUACAUAUAGCGGCGUGGCUAUUUUGGUGUCCAAAGAACUCAAGUGUCUGCACUGCUGCUGUUACGCACUGCCCUAUUGUUAUGGUGUGUGCCGAUGCUGUUGACCCGAAAUGUUGCAUUUUGUACUUGAGUUUAUUUAUUUUAUAGUUUUAUUCAAGCACGGUUGCCAUCACAUCCAAAGACCAAGCGAUGGCGACUGCUGCCUCCCGUCGAGUUACGGAGCAGCAGAAAUUUUUUUGCUCAAUUUCUUUGUUUGUGUUUCGGAGCAAAUAUCAUCAUUCAUCGCAUAAGUUGCGUCUUUCUGAUCACCGAUGCGGUUUUUGUGCCAUAAAACAUUAAUAAAUCAAUCGACCAAUCAAUUAAUUAUCAUUGAGUGUGAUGGCAGGUGCGCACGUGAGUUGCAAACACUUAUUAAGAGUAUCCUUUCAACGUGGUUGCGGAUUAAGCUGCCCUGCUUGAAGAAAUAGUAGGUGCAAAUAGAACAGUUUGCCUCUAGAGAGCUUCACGUAGAUGAUGUAUCUUACGAAACCUCUGGAAGGCAGGGAAAUUCAAAGACUUGUAUGUGCAGCAGAAAGUUGCGCGAGGUAAGAAAAAAAAGAAAAAAUUCUCCAAGCUGGUCCCCCACACUGGUCGUCAUGUUGUAUGUAUGCACUCAUCACGUAGCUUCCUUGCACAUUCCAUCUUUCCAUAUUCACAUUAUGUCACACUGUUUGUAACUGGUACAGCAAGUGCAGUUUUCUCUUCCACAAUGUAAGUGUUUCCUUUCAACAACCUAGAGUCAUGAGACGGACAGGGCGUGUACAGGGUGUUUCAUGUAUCUUGAACACAGGCUAUAACCAGGCCUCUCUCAUUCACGGUGCACUUGUGGGUGCUAAUAUUACAGUGCAUUAAAGUGCCGGAUCAGUGCACUUGUGCGGUAUUUUUUAUCAAAUUUUGCGCGCUUAUUUUUUUAGCGUACAAAGCAAAUAUGUUAGAGGAACUGCAAGCAACUAAAUCUCGGGAUUCAGAGUGCCGCCUACAAUAUGUUUCAAAUUUUAAUCAGUUUGUUUUAAUGAAUUUUUAUUGAUUAAUUUUGAUUAAUUAAGAAUUAAGCUUCUUCUCAGCUCAGAAAAUUUUUAUUGAAAUAUGUGAUUUUUGUGAUAUGUGAUGUGUUUAAAUAUUUAAAAAUGCAACACGAUUAUUUUCAAAUAAUUCAUUGAUUAAGCACAAUACCAAAAUAUCCAGACUUCUGCAGAACGAGUUCUAACCAGAUCCUGUCGGCUUCACCUUUGCAUAAGGCACUUUUUUUCUUUUUUUUAUAGCUUGGUUCUACUCACGCGAAACACCCUGUACAAGGAGCAUGAUACCAGAAGCCUCAGUGAAAUGUGUAAGAAAAAAAAAUAUACGCUCUAUUUUCCACCGUGUACAAGGUCAGUAAUUGGUGCCAGUUAUAAAGGUUCUCAGUCUCCCAGGUGAAAACAAAUACCUCAGAGAGGUGCUUCUUGUACAAGCUUUCUGCAAUAAAGCAUGAUUCUGAGCAGCA